AACCCAUGCGCACUUAUGUGCAGAAGAUCUUAAGUCUUCCCCCUUAACCUCUCGGGCAAACCAGCUAGAUGUUUUAUUGGGUCCUGCAUAAUUUAUUUAUACAAAAUCAACAAAAUCAAACAAAACCUAACCCGGCAACUAAUACCGACCCAGGCCGCUGCGAGGGAACAUUUUCCUCAAUUUCCGUGUCAAAAUCACAGCAAUAGAAACUUAGAACCCUAGUUUCACAACGUCCAGUCGGAAGACCCAAUCUAGCCGAUUGAGAAGCUCAGCAGAGUGAAAAGAUUUCCUGCUCGCGAUGGCGGAGCACUUGGCAUCAAUAUUUGGGACGGAAAAGGACAGGGUGAAUUGCCCUUUUUACUUCAAGAUCGGAGCUUGCAGGCAUGGCGACCGGUGUUCCAGACUCCACACCAAGCCCAGCAUUAGCCCUACUUUAUUGCUCUCCAACAUGUACCAGCGGCCCGAUAUGAUCACACCUGGUGUUGACCCUCAAGGCCAGCCGCUCGACCCCAAAAAAAUCCAACACCAUUUUGAGGAUUUUUAUGAAGAUUUGUUUGAAGAGCUCAGCAAGUACGGCGAGAUUCAGAACCUAAAUAUCUGCGAUAAUUUGGCCGACCACAUGGUGGGUAAUGUCUAUGUGCAGUUUAGAGAGGAAGAUCAUGCCGCCGCUGCCCUGCAGAAUCUUAGUGGAAGGUUUUAUGCUGGACGUCCCAUCAUUGUGGACUUCUCUCCGGUGACUGAUUUUCGUGAGGCUACUUGCCGGCAGUAUGAGGAAAAUGUUUGCAAUAGAGGUGGCUACUGCAAUUUCAUGCAUUUGAAAAAGAUAAGCAGAGAACUGAGACGGCAGUUAUUUGGGAGGAGUAAGCGAAGGCGCAGUCGUAGUAGAAGCAGAAGUGCUAGUCCGCAGCGCCAGUCUCAUUAUGGGGACCGUCCACAUGGAGGCCGUGGAUCUGGUAGAAGAAGUGAUUAUCAUUCUAGUGAUAGGAGCAGGAGGCCUAGGAGUAGGAGUCCUGGACGAAGGGGUGGGCGCAGCCGAAGUCCAACUGGGAGGAGAAAUAGGAGUCCAGUUAGGGAAGGAAGUGCUGAACGAAGGGCAAUGAUUGAGCAAUGGAACAGGGAAAGGGAAAAUGCAGAUUCCAAUAAAAGCUACAAUGGAAGUCCCAGGGCAACAAGAAAUAGGAGCCCUGUUAGGGAAGGCAGUGCUGAGAGAAGGGCUAAAAUUGAGCAAUGGAAUAGGGAAAGAGAACAAUCAGAAUCAGGGAAACAGAACGGUGACGAUAGUAAUUAUACUGGCACUGAAAAUGGUGGCAGGGCUGGAGAUUCAUACCCUGAUGACUAUCAGGAUUAGCAUGAUUAAAUUAUGUUCCCAAAUGUAAGUUUAUUUGUUGGCCAUGCAUACCAUGAUCCUUUUAACAGUUGGUUGCUUAUCGUUUGACUUCCAUUACUUGUGGCAUUUCUUCAUUAUCCGUGCUGCAUUUCACCUUGUUUUGGGGAUGUGCAUUUUCAAGAAAAGUUGGUCUGGUUUUGUAUUCAAUUGCUUGAAGCAAAUUCAGUGAUUACAGUUAGCUUUCAGGUUAGUUAAUCAGAUGCUGGUGUUUGAUGUUGCAUGAUAUUUCUUGUUCUAUUAAGGAUACACUCUUGUGAUUAAUUCUUUGUGAAAACACUGGCCAACCAGGUGUGGGUGGGUUAGUUUCUUAGUUGCAAGUUAUUUUAGAUAGCAUGGUCUUGUUAAUGUAGCUUACUGGAGCAUUUUCCAUUGCAGGCAGGUUUACUGGUUUGCUGUGAUAUACAUAGAAGCAAAAUCUCUUCUUGUCCUUCAAUUAUCCUAUUCAAGAAAAUGGCAUCCAUGUAUAUCUGAUGUCCAUCUUUAAGACAUGAAUUCCUAUUGCAUGACCCUCAAUGUGUUGUCCUUUUUCUCUAUUAGCUUGGAGGUGAGAAAGGCAACGGCUUGGUUGUUUUCUGUGUGUAGGUUGCCAGUAUCAAUUUCAAACUUUUAACAUGAACCCCGAUAAAUAUAAAAUGUCGAGUCUCAGCCUUGUAAAUGUGGCAAUAUGUUUCUUACUGUCAGGUAAGAUCAAAUGUACUAAUUGGUACAAAUACAUGCUCGAUGCUACUAUAUUUGCAUAUUUCAUAUUUGCAGAGAUGCUGCACUAGAUGUUUCUGAGGUUUUAUUUUUUAGCUUGUGUGCCUUGUUGCACGUAAUGUUCAAAUUAGAACUAUUUUUACCUCCUUCGCAUGUUUCCUUUCAUUUUUUAUUUCAUUCACUCUGGCCCUGGCUCAAAUUGCAUAGACAUAGCACCUAAUUUACAUCUUCGAGUUAGAGAUAUUUGGAUGGUUGCUGCAUGUCACAAGAAGCAUGCCCAAAAAUUUAUCUUAACCAAAUACAGUAGUGCCUCCUUUGCCAAUUUUCACUUGCAAGUAUGCUGAUGGAAUACAAGAACGCAAUAUACUAGUUCAGGACUUGCAUUUUUUCAUCAUGCCAAUUCCAAGGUUUAUGUUUCUUUUUUUCCAGGAGUGCAUCAGGCAUUCCUACGCAGUUCACAUAUAUUGGAAGCAGCGUUGCAGGACAUGUCGAAGCGUCCAAAGAAGAGAAUGAGAAGAUGUGUUUGUUUUGAAGAAUUUUUAUUAGUGUUGCAAGAAAUUAGGUUUGCCAUCAGACACCCAAAGAUAGCCAGCUCGCAGUAGUGUAUUAUGUCUUGGGGGUAUUACUAUUUAUGUUGUGUUCCUUCAAGUGAGCUGUCCUUUGACUAACUUGUUAUGUGCGUUGGCUUAAUCAGUAUUUUCAGCGGAUAUGAUGUUGAUGAUGCAAAUUGACCUUUGAUUGUACUUUUUACCAUUGGGGUUGGAAGGUUAUGACCAGAUUGUAGCAUGCGAUUAGUCGUUUAUUAUGUUAUGAGUCGUGCUUGUCAAGCAAUACUUAUUAUUUGUAGAAUUAAAAUGGCAUGUUGGGUAUACUUUCCAUUAGAAUGAAAAAGUUGAGUUUGUAAGGUCAUUCGUUCGGAAAGUUUCAAGGGGAUAAGAUUUGUUAUUAAUUUUUUUUUCAUAUCUAAUUCAUUGGCAAAAUAUAAUAGUGUUCUUAACUAAAAAAAUGUAAUCAAAUCGUCCCUAACUUAGGAAAGUGGAUGAUGAGAUGUUCUCUUUUUCCGCUAAUGAAGAAUGGCUACUUCGGUGGCUGCAAGUGUAAGUUCGUUCUUCGCAGGUUGGUUUUCAUUAGUACAAGUUUCGUUUGAUUAGGAUUGUGCUUUGCUUUUUGAUUCACUUUUCUUCAUUUUCUCUGUAUCAUUUCAUAAUGAACUAUGUUACAUGUAUUUUCACCAUACAGUAUAUAAGACAGCUUCAGAAUAUCUGAUGGAACAACACUUGUUCGAAUUGACAUUAACAAGAAGAACAAACCCUAGCCGUAGGGCUUUAAAGACUUGAGUUUUGAAAAACUAAUAGGCUGAAAUUAUAUUCAUAUAAAACCUCAUAAACAAAGCUGCAGAACUAGGUUCUGAUUAUUACAAAACC